CAGUAGCCGCCAUGUCGUCCACCCUUUCAUCUCAAGCUCCCCGCACUCACCGCCCACUCGCUGUUCCGCUCCCCCAUGCCUCUCCGCGCGCCCAUGUUCCGCCUCUUUUCCGCCAUGGCGGACUCAGAGCGCUUCCUUCCCGCUCAUGCCGCCUCUACCUCGGUAAAGACACUCCGCACACAGUCACAUUAAGCCAAAGGCAGAGGUUCCGUCCCGGAUUCGCGGCGGCCUCUGCGGCGGGCGCGGCGUGGGCGGGCGACCCCGCGGAGUGGCGGAAUUCGGAAGCGGGAGCGGCGGAGGAAACGGCAUUUGGGGAGGCCGCAUUGGGGGACCCGGGGACGUAUGACGUGGCAAGCAAUGAGAGGUGGCUUUCUCAGGAGAAGGCGCGGCUGCUGACAGUGCAGGGCGGCAAGGUGCCAGGAGGGCUGCUGCUGACACGUGGCAAGUGGCAGUGGGUGGAGAGAGGCCCCUCGCUCUACCGACUCGUGGGGCACAUGAGCUUCCACAACACCUCGAGCAAGCAGGAGAUAUUCAUUCCGCAAGUGACGGCGGGCGUGGUGCUGCUCUCCUCGCACUCCAUCGAUGCCAUUCGCACCCGUGUCACUAUCGCUCCACGCCAUCCGGGCGGCAAGCCCGCCGCCCGGGCGGACGGGUACUGGGCGGGGUACAUCACACGGGCGAGCGAGAGCACAGCGAUGGAGGUCACUGUUGAGAUCCGGGCGGACUCAGGGGAGGCAGCACUUGCUCACCUCAAGGCAGCACGGCUGGACGUGCACUAUAUCGCGUACGGGCCGCACGGCAGCCUGCCCAAGGCUCAGCACGUCGUGCUGCCGCUCUCCUUCCCGCCCACUCCUUCUCUUUCAACCGCUCUCGCCCCUGCCUGGCGCAGCAUAGCCCCGGGCAUAUCGGUGCUGGCCGUGCCAACGCACCUGCUGUGCCACUUGGACGACCCCUUGCUCGUGCUCAAGUGGUAUGCAGCGCCCUACCUGCAGCCGGGUGACAUUGUGACAGUUGGCGAGACGCCAUUGGCCAUCAUGCAGGGUCGCUUCCGCCACCCCGACUCCGUGCGACCCGGCGCUGUGGCUCGCUGGGCCUGCCGCCCCUUCCACCCAACGUCCUCUCUCGCCACCGCGUGCGGCAUGCAGUCACUCAUAGACGUGGUGGGGGCAGUGCGGGUGAUAGUGGCGGUGCUGCUGGCGGCGCUGGCCCGGAUCGUCCUGAGGCAGCGGGGCGUGUUCUACCGCCUGGCAGGGCAGCAGGCGCGCCUCAUAGACGACGUCACGGGCACGCUGCCGCCGUACGACCAGUUCAUCACACUGGGGCCUCUGCGGCCGCAGGAGACAGUGGAUGGGCUGAGUGCAAAGCUGGGGUGCGGUGUAGCGGUGGUGGACGUCAACGACCUCAAGAAAGUGCAGAUCCUCGCUGCAUCAUCGGGAGUGGACCAUGAGAGGCUCACAGCGGCACUGCUCUCCAACCCGGCAGGGAAUGCGGAGGAGCAAACGCCGAUAGUCAUCGUGCGUGGAUGCAGCAAGUCAUGAUGAUCCCAGCCAGCUCGUUCAGGCGCCUCACAGAUGCCUCGCAUCGCAUACCUCGUCGUAUCUCAGUUGCACUGGCUGGCAUAGCAAGAGUGCUUCUGGUAUUCACAAUCACAUCAUACUCUGGUU